AUGAGGUAAGUCACUUUUCAAUGUAGACCAGCGUUCAUUUCCAUCCCUGAAAUUCCCUUAAGAUAUUUGUAUAGCACUUAGCCUGACGCUGGGAGUAUACCAAUGGCACCUUCCGUUCCCAGUGUGACGGCAUUUCAUCCCAGUUAAUUUGUCCUUUCUUUUGCGACAUCUGGGGGGUACGAUCUUGAUUUUUAAGUGACUGAGACUCGGGGUAAAGGGGAACAUAUCCUAAGGAGUCCUUCAAAAGACAGACAUUCACAGCUGGGCAACUUCAACAGUGUGUAGUAUUGGCCUGUUCGCGUAACCUCCACUGAAUCCGUUUAACCUAGCCGCUUAAUGGCCUGUCUAGACUAAAUCGUCUGAGUUUGCUUAGAUCGUGCCCGUCCGUAAGUAGAAACUGUAUAAAUAAGUAGAUCUGGACAUGAACACGGUUCCAUAAGGUGGCAUGAUUAGCUAACUUUAAGUAUUGCGCUUACAACCGAAUGUCUCGAGGCGUACGGUCUGAAAGGUUGCGUCAAAUUACGUGAGGAGAAGAUGGGAGGUGCUAACAAAUAGGGUUGGGGAACGACAGAAGGACGUAAUUUUCCGCGACAAACAAUAAAUGUAAGCUAUACAGCAAAUAGUGUCGACGAACGUAUCAAAAUUGUCAACUGACGGGGUUAACUGUUUAUUCUGGGCGCAGGGAUGGAGCAGGGAUCUAAAGUUUCUGUAGGCAAGUGUUUGCGUUACUUCUAAUUAGAUGAUAGUGUGAUAAAACGACAACAGACGUAGGAACGUAUAAACAGUGGUUUCAUACUUUACUCAAUGUUCGCAGGACCAGUAGUUAGAAAUUCAAAUAAGAUUAACGACCAAACUUUAUGGAUGUACUCUUGAAGGAUACGAUAUUCUCCCAAAGCGGUUGACCCCUAAGUAAAAUUUUAAAACUGUAAUCGCGCCUAUUGAGCCCUCCCCCACCUCUGAUUUGUUUAAGUUUUCCCGACGCUGUUCGAAAACUAUUCAAACACAUGGACAAGGAUGGCUCCGGCAAGAUCAGUGUUGAGGAGUUCAAGCACGCGCUGGAAGAGGAGAUUGGCGAGACUCUACGUGAAGACGACGUGAGACAAUUCAUGGCUCGCCUUGACACCAACGAGGACGGGGAAUUGAGCAUAGAGGAACUGAAUGCUUUCUUUACGAAAUGAGAGCAGUAUGUACUGUGUUUUUUUUUAUGAGAAAAACAUACUUUAUCGCGCACAGUGACCACUUUUUCUGGGCCAUAUUGCUCCAACGAAAGGCCUGGACGCAGCACGUUCGUGUUAGCCCGGGACUCUGUCCCAGGGACCCUCGGAGUGCGCGAAAAAUGGUGAUAGGGAAGUACCCUCAGUAGGGCAUGGUUAUAAAUAUCCACCGGAAAGAAGCCCAAGGCCAUCUGGAGUGCAGGGAGUGCCAAUUCUUGCCUCGUUUAAUUUCCGAGGAAAUUAAUGCGCGAUCUUGGAGUAACUCUUUCGAAACGGGCCUUUUCAGGCACGGUCCGAAGUUUGAUAUGAAUAUUUGAGCAGAAAUCCAUCAGCUGCUGCGGAAUAACCGCUUAAUAUUCACAAACCGCCAACAGGCAGCCCGUAGUAUAUAAUUGUGCAAUGAUUUACCGUACUAACAUCACAGUGCCUAUUCUCCUGCCAUAACGCGCCUCCAAUUCUGGAGGAAUAAACAAUUCCUGGAAAAGUCAAUAAUCGAAGAAAACGAAGAUAGAUAACGGGAACAGGAAUCCCCCCAUUACGGGUGGAUUUGCGCUAAACUCCAGGAGGCUUACUGUUAGCGUUAAAGCCAGAGGCAAGAUGUAGUUAUGUAGCUCCACCUGAUGGACACAAUACUGUUAGGGUAAGGGGUUAUGGUUAUGGGCUAGGGGUUAGAGUUAGGGGUUGGGGUUAGGGUUAGGGGUUACGGUUAAGGUUGGGACUAGGGCACCUAUUUUUCAACCACUCAAAGUGCAACCAUGCAUUCCCAAUAGCUUUUAUUUUGCAUACAACUACUUGACCUCGUCGGCUGUGCACUCUCCAGCUCCACCUGUAAUAACCCCUCUUACCACCCCUCCCGUAUUACAGGUGGCUGGGGUUUGUUUACUUCAGAUGAGGCCACAUAACCACAUCUGACCAAGCCAGGAUUAGGGUUAAGGUUAGGGCAAAUGUCAGGGUUCGUUGUGGGAUUAGGGUUGGGGCACGGGUGUAUGCACCUGCAAUACGAGAGUGCCUAUUUCCGUGCCUCACAUCGACAAAUUAAUAUCAAAAGGUCAUUCCGGGUCCUUUGUUUAGAAAAAAGUUAAUCCUGAUUGGCGGAAUUUUCAGAAUCAGUUUCUGGCAGCUCUUACGGUGACGCUCAUGUCGGAGCAAAGUACGCCCUUGAUUCGCAAACAUUCCAUCUGCACAAUGCGAGAGGGUUUGGCAAGAAUGAAAGACUUCUCAUCCCUUCCCCUCUGAAAUCCAUGCUUGCGCUGUUCCUACUUACUUACUUCCAAGAGACGUCUGCUCCUAAUUAUCGACCUCGGGAUUUACCCUUUUCUACAGCGCGUUCAUCGUAUUCAUUCUCUUAAGUCUACAACGGCUCAGCCGACGCUUGACUGUCUACGUCGAAAAUGAUGCAUUUUAAGUAUGCUCACCUUACUUAGUUGCUUGGUGACAGCAUACGCAGAAAAAGGAAGACGCAGUAGCUUUAUGCGGCAACAUAAUGAUAUGGCACAGUAUUUACUCAUAACAGCGUAUGCUUAUAGGGACAGUGUUCAAUACUUAAACGACUCAGGGACUGGUGGACAGUGUACGAAUUAGAAAUGUGCGCGCUAUUAUGGGAUGACGUUAUCGGGGGUUCAUCCUGCUGGCGCAGUUCAUGUAGCUUUGAACAGUAUUCAACAGUGAUCUUGGGCGGCGUUGGGGGUUGUCGAGUUGGGGGGAGCAGUGAGGUUUGACAGUUGAUUUUGUGGGGAAGGGGGGAGAGGAUGUAUUUAUUCCAGUUUAACCUGUGAUUUCUCAGUAAACUGGACAUGGCAAUAGGCUCCCGCGUGAUACAAGUGGUCCUGCCCUAAAUUCUAGGGGGCAUCUAUUCCCGCGUCGUAAUUUUAACGUUAACCCUGGCCCUCACCUGCGCCCUCUCCCGCCUUUGGCUUUCUCGACUUUGCCUUGACACCGGGUCCAGGUGGGGGAGGAGGAGGGAGUGCGGUAAAUGCCGUGCAAGUCAACUACCACCAUAAGUUAAUUCAUGCACAAGUCACCGCGCCUGCUCUCACCUUGCUGUGGAGCACACGGUGGACAUCGCCGGCAACGAUGGUCGAACUGUGAACCCUAACCUUCACAUUCCUGUGUUUUUUAUUAAAUUAUUGUCAGAGGUGGCUGACAGUGGAUGGUACAACUAAUGGUCUUAAAAUGAUGGGGAAACUAUGUUGGUUUUAGUAAAUGGACUAGGUAGUGGAGGGGAGAGCCAAGUGCCGCGGGACAUGAUAAUACCAUUGAUAAUAAUCAUAAUAAAAUCAAAAGAAAAACUUUGGAGGGGGGGGGAGGUUAUGGCUCAAAGUAUAGGCUCAGUUAGGAUCCAUAGUCCAAAGGUGAAAGACCGGAGGAGUUACGCCAUGACAGUCCGACCGUCGUUGCCUAAAUGCCCACCAUGUGCUUCACAACACGGUGGAGCAGAGAAGGGGCUUGCGUAGGAUCUGUCGCACUCUCCCCCUCCCCCCUCCACCUGGACCCAGUGACGAAAUAGAGUCAGGAAGACCGGAAGCGAGACAGUAUGCAGAUGGCUGGCACGGCACGAACCCGCACCUAGGCGUGCCACCACACCCCAUGGUCGGUAACGUACACUGACCAGAAUUUUAUACCGCACGAGGAAAAUUGGGGGCGUCACGUAGCCCAAUUGGCACAGCGUGAGCCUCCAACUGGGCCUGCCGACACACCCCAGCGUUGGUACUUGUUAUAGUCGCGCAUUCCCCCUGGGUUUUUUCAAGCCUACAGAAAUGCCUGUGGAACCGACGUGACCUCUCCAUCUCCACUAAGAUUCGCGUGUACCGUGCAUCUGUCCGGUCUGUCCUUCUCUACGGUUGUGAAUGCUGGGCUUUGCGCGUGGCGGAUGAGCGAAAACUGGAGGUAUUUGACCACCACUGCUUGAGGAUCAUCCUUCGAGUGAAGUUAACCGACUUCGUCUCAAAUGAGAUAGUCCGCGCUCGCUGCGACAACAUCGCGAGGAUAACUCAGGCCAUCCAAGAAAGACGACUGAGGUGGUUCGGGCAUGUUCUUCGUCGUCCACCUCAGGAGGUCAGUGUUACUGCCCUCGAUCCGGCACCGUUGCCCCAUUGGAGGCGUCGAAGAGGGGGUCAGUUCAAAACCUGGCUCGACACUGUCCGUCAAGACAUGGAGGUGGUUCUUGGACCUUCGGUAUUCGGUCUCCGUCGUUGGCAAAGGGAAUGGGUUGAGCUGUCUAGAUCUGCUGCCGCGGAUCGUGACGCGUGGAGAGGUACAAUUCGGGACAUCAUCGAGGCCGGCUAGAUCAGGCAUGAUCGCAGCCGUAUCAAGUACAAGUACAAGUUCUCGACAACGCUUGUUAAACACAGAUCUAGCCCAUGUCUUGGUCCAGAGACUCUACCGCGUGGCCUGUUGUAGGAGCAAAUGCCACAGUAUAUCGCAGUGCACUGCUCUGGUGCUGCAAACAACCCACUCGUGCCAGCUAUCGUUCCAAGACUACACUGUGAUUAUAUGUUUGUAUUUAGAGUGGGAGAAAGGCGGUCAGGAGCAUGCCAUGAUGGAAGGAGCGUUAAGGCCGUUUGCUGGUUAGUCGGUCGGGAGCGGGACAGGGGCACUCCUCGGCCACACUUAAAUCAAACACUUCUGGCCAGCCAGUCCUUGCCAUCGAUCGCUUGUGCUCUUCGGAACCCGUGCGGCCACACUGUCUCCCUGAAGUAGGGUCUUAAUGGGUAGUUAAAACAGCGGGCACCUAUAGGUAUGCGACCGACACGUUGACACUCCAGGGGUCGUGUGUAUCCUUCCAGUGGUGGGCUACUUGCGAAUCCGUCGCACUGAGACCGACGCGCCGGCGUCAGGGACUCUCACAUACAUUCGCCGCGUCCGCCUUCACGGUUCACACUUUCCAUGCACUUUCAUGCACGGCACGGGUCUACUCGGUCACAUGCGUAUUCACAGGAGCGGAAUUCACCGCAGUACCGACCCACGUAACACACCUUGCAAAUCAACCAUCCAUCUCAUCUCCGGCCCAAUAAAAUUCCCAUCGACCAGUGCACCCACCAUUAACAGCAUCACCACAACAACAACCGACCCCACAUCCCCCAACCUAUCCUUUCCACAAUGUCACCGUACUUUCACCCCACACAUCGGCUUGGUCGGUUACUUGGGGAUCCAUCGCACAGAGACUGGCGAACCAGUGCCUGGAGAAUCAACAUACACCGGACGCUAUCCCCCCAACUGCUGGCACUGUCAUUGCACAUUCAGCCAUCGCAUGGGCCUAUUCGGUCACAUGCGCCUCCAUGAGGGCCUGUGGCAGAAUACCGCCGCAGUUCCUGAUCACUCAGCUUAUUCCACUGCUGGAGAAACGUUGCAUACAAAUAGGCAGGACACUGCAAUUACUAUUUUUGGCCUGUUUUCUGCCGUUAGAAUAGGGAAAAUCGGACCUUAUAACUCGUGUCAGUGAUCAUCGGCCAUUUGAGUCUACCAUUUGAGUCACGGAUCCAAGUUUUGAGAGCUGAGGAGACCGGAAAUGUUGGAAGUCAGAUGUUAAUGGCGUUCACCGAAGCAUGCCGGCUGUAAAACGAAAAAGGGAGCAAUUCCAUUAUGAAAUUACGAUAGAUCGGCAAACGCCGCUCCCAUGUCAGGUCAAUGAGAUUCAGAUGAGACGCUAGACGAUGGACUUUACGACUGUAACAGACAUCGAAGAGCCGAUAGGAUGCGCUCUAAGCAUCAGUGCUAUGAUGGUUCCAUACGUCAUUUUCACGAAAGAGUGUUGAUGACAAUCAUGAGAACAGUAGAAGGUGAGGUUUGGUCCUGAAACCCCACAUGGUUGAUACCGCAUGGUCAGCUUCCUAAAGCAAUUUUAGCUAACAUACCUAAUUUACCCUGUUUAAUUUCCGAGGAAACUAAUGCGCGAACUUGGAGUAAUUCUUGCAUAUCAAACUUCGGACAGUGCCUAAAAAGGUCUGUUUCGAAAGAGUUACUCCAAGUUCGCGCAUUAGUUUCCUCGGAAAUUAAACAAGGCAAGUUGAAACUGGAGUUCACAUUACCAGAAAACACACGGGGAAAGCUGAGGGACCCACUGACGAGCCGAACUCCCCGCAGCUGCCUCAGGCAGCGGCAUAAGAUCGGCGAAACACGCGUGUCUGGGCUUUUAGCUAAUACCUGUGUUGUUAGUACGGUAAAUCAUUGCACAAUUCUAUACCUAACUUAGCCACUCGCUGGAUUAGGAAGGGAAAGAGAGUGCAAGUAGAUCUCGAAGCCCGCGCAGGGAAGCGCGUGUGAACCGAUACUUGGUAUAACCGAAAGCGGCAUGUACACACACUCUCCCCGAGACAGCCACUCGCUGGAUUAAGAGGGUAAGGAAGGUGCAAUCAGAACUGAAUGGCCACGGAGGGAACUGUGUGCUAAUUCGCAGUGCAUGGCCACUAUAGCUUACCCGACGCAGUUCCAGUCCGUCCGAACAAUCCCUCUAGCAAGCGGAGCUCGAAGCACGCGCCGGGAAGCGCGUGUAAACUGAUAUCUGAAAUUACCUAAGCUGGCGUAUUAGGUCUCCCUACACCGACGCACAGUCACUCGCUGCAUUAAAAGAGGAAGGUAGGCGCAAAUACGCGACCUAUGUAAAAUUGGCGUAAUCAUAUCUACUAAAAUUGCUUAUGAAGCUAGCCAUUUGGUAUCAAUCUAGUGGGGCUGCAUGUCCAAACCUCACCCAGUAGAAUGGUCAUUUCUAGUGUACUAGUAACUAUCACCAUUCAUCGGCCAAUCAAAUGUAGGCGCACUCGAAGUUCGAACCUCAGUCAGUCAAUUAUCGAUCAACGUCGCCAACACUGUGCUAUAGCGGUAUGCCAUGUCGGCUGAGAUUGGAGCUAUUCAGUCACAUGAUACUGCAGUGUACCGAUCUAUGUGAGCACAGGACGGAGCACCGGUGACCCCGUUCCACUGUGGGGGGGGGGCGAAGCUUUACACCCCUCACCGGCUGCGGCAUGGGCAUUGGUAAUAAUCAAUCGAGAAGUGCUAUCGACAUCGCCGCAAGGGGGUGUGUGGUGGUGUGCGUGUAUCCAUUGUGGCCGCUUCGAAGCAUACAAUUUAUUCUAACGAAGUCCACCCAGCAAAGACACAUUGCGCAAAGAAAAUAAUCAACGAAUCUGACGCAUAUGUAAAGCAUUCCAAACUAGCCAGUCGACUUUUUUUCCGAAGUUCCAAUGCCGAGUUCAUUUUUUCGGACAUUUUCUACCAUAAGUUGAGCUCCAUGCAAAUUACCAGAUUCAGCAAAGGGACCCAUAUGACAUAGUCUUCACAACGGAUAGCGUGACCCAACCUCCUAAUUUCAGGAAAAUGUCGUUUUAUCUUCAGUAAUUUUUUUUUAAGUUUGCGACAAAAAAGGUUUACUUUUGAUAUAUUUUUCCCCCAAUUUGACGAUUUCCACUAGCCGUACAACGUGGAGUCGAUGCGAACAUUACUCAGAUUAGUGCUUUAGGAAAUUGACCUUUGCCUAAAGUGCGCAGCCUUGACUAGGUUGGGUUGUUUCAUUAAUGCGUAAAAACAUCGACGACUUGGACAAAUGAAUGUCUUCCAGAAGGAGGUUUCUUUUAACACUCACAGCACCUCCAGCCCCCAGGAAUUCACAAGUGUCACCGACAUAGACAAGGGAUGGUACAGUGGCCUUCUCGGACCACUUUCACCAUCCCUAAUCACUCGUGCGAGUUCGCACAUUCCUCAUCGCAAUCGAAGGGUCGUGAACCGCUGAUUGUUCCAUGACCAGCUGGAUCUUCCUGAUCUGAGGUUGGGGUGCGGCUGGCCGUUAAAAAGUCAGAAACGUCCAUUCCAGUCUCCUCCGUCCUUGUCGGCAAUCCAUCUUCUUAAGCAACCGUCUCUGUGAGGGUUGCCCUAUUGGAUUACAGCUGGUCGCAUCUGGUCGGCUUCAUUUUCAGUCACAAAUGGUUGGCUACACUCAAGUUAACGUAAUUUUAGGACCAUUGCAUGGAGCCCGCAAAUGCAGCUGAAGGUGUUUCGCCGUUAAGAACCGUAUCCAGACGGUCGUCGUCCUAUCCUUUAUACUACUACUACUACUACUACUACUACUACUACUACUACUACUACUACUACUACUACUACUACUACUACUACUACUACUACUACUACUACUACUACUACUAAUACUACUACUACUACUACUACUACUACUACUACUACUACUACUACUACUACUACUACUACUAAUACUGCCACCACCACCAGCCGCCAGCACGAGAUGAAGGUGAGGAUGAGUAAAAUAGGCGAGGACGCGUAUUUGCAUAAAGCGAUGCAAGCAUUGGGGGCGCAUGAGUGACUGUGACAGACGCUAUGAGAGGAAUGCUGCCUUAAUUGUUGCCGACGCAUUACCAGGCCAUUAACAGUCAUCACGGGCUAAUUAAUUCCGCCAACUCCACGGAGGUAGUGGACCCACUCUACUCUCUCUCUCCCUCACCCCGUCUCUAUUACCAGGCUUGACUCAACGCUGUGCGAGAGGCCGUUUACCAACCCUUCGACGUAUAUACGCACGCGAGUAAACUGUGAGCGAGUCCAGGCCUUUGUACUUGCUGCCAAACCAGUCCAUUAGCCCGCGCCGGUCAAUGAGGCGUGGAUUUAACUCGCUUUCUUCCCUUUCCGCUCCGAUCACAGCCUGCCUCCCAAACUCAUCCACCAUCAGCCCGAGUCAAGCACACCUCCUUCCCCUCUCUGGAGGGCAGGAGGGACGAGCGAGGGGAUAAAUUCAUCACCCCGGCAGCCGCGAGCACCUACCGAGGGCGCUUCCGAUUUGCAUUAGUCACCCACUCAUCCCUGGCCUGAAUUCCGACCACGCACAUCCGCCGCGGGGAGAGGCAUAACGGAGCUCCAGUCUGCAAGGUCACCAACAUGCCCAUCCGGUGAGGUGUGGCCUAGUUGAACGACAAGGUCUGAGGCCAGCCUCCUGUCACGGGGUCGAGAAGCCGGCCUCCGUGACUCACUAGCGUCAGUCAGAGGGGGAGAUAUGUUUGUGCCCUUUGAGGACACCAACCCCGAUGUGGUGUCCUGAUGCCCUCACGGGACGGCCUCCCUUCCCCACCCCCGCCCCCUGUGUCCCGGCGACUGUGAUGGUUUCAGUCGCAGAAACUCCCCGGCACGGGUUGGAUAGUGUAGGGGAUAAUUAGGUGUGGGUCAUUCUAAGAUUACGAAGGACCUUUGGGUGGAGACGCCUACUUUUCGAUCCCAACUUCCGCGAAAACGAGCAGCUGUUCACAGCAUGCACGGAAACACGUGAAACGUCCUGAUCGUAAUCCGUAAACAUCAUUUUCGGGAUGGGAUGAUGAGGAUGGAUUCAACUCUCCCGUAAAUUCGCAAGCUGUCGCUUGCCAGCUUUCUACCGCGAGCCUUUUCUGCCGUGUAUUCGAAUGAGGCUAGUGAGAGGGUAAUUAUUAAAGUAGUACGCCCUUUUACGUCGCCUCACAAUGUUUCGCCAAGGUCAGUCCAUUCAAGCCACCCGCACCGUAAUAUGAAUUCUGAUAAUAAUCCGCCUAAUUACCGUCAUCUUCACAAUUAGAUCUCACUCAGUGCACCGCUAUAUAAGUAGUUUGACCGCGACUUUUCCGCACCGAGGAUUGAUUUUUCAGCCGACGCUGAUAGACCUCAACUUAGUUAUUCACAUUAACUUUCAGGCCACAUCCGAAAAGGCGUACUCCGAGACCUUACCACGAGUUCACAAGCUUGGCAACUCCAGAGUUUAUGCCAGAAAGCACGCGGGUGCGCUGGGGCGAUCCACUAAUGAGUCGAACCCUAUACAACUGUGUCAUGAAGCGGCUAAUACCGGGGCUGCCAGUAUGGUGAAUCACACAACGUGUGUAUACUACUGACUGCUUGUUAGCAGCUAAUGAAUUCGACGAGACUUGGGCCGAAAUUAUCUCAGGAGGUGAAUGCCGCGUGAGCCGCGAGCUGCUUGAGUCAUGAUUCUCCGGCUCGCAUUCGAGUACCAAGCGCAAUGACUUUCCGCCUUCAGUUUCUCUGCUACGAUUUUGCCUGGGCAAAGCAAUUAGCCACGCGGGGAGGGCGCGAGCGACCAAUCGCUCUGAUGAUAGUGAGCCACUUGGCCGACUAAUCGUCACCCCAGGGCGGAGUUAACAACUAUGAUUAAGUCACGGCAAUUACCGGUUUGGAUAAGGACCGACAAGCAACCAUCGCAUCAAAUACGAUAUCCAGCGAUGAACGCGAGGCAUGUGAUUGCUUGGAACCUGUGUCCUUUAAAUACUGCGCUCUUUAGGCUUCUAGAAUCAGUAUCUGCGACUUUCUCCGAGGAUGGAUCCGUGUGACAGUCAGAAAUGUCGGGUCAAUAAAGUUCUUGUUCCAGCGGUCACAUCUUCAUCCUCUGAAUGAAUACUACGCGGUUGCCCGACUGACGCUAAUAGAUUUUGGCUCAAACCUCCAUUCCCAUUUCGGAGGGUUCGCUCUAAGUUGGCGCAUCAAUUUCUAAGGCGACAAAAGACCUCAAAAAAAUAAUUCCCAAGGCAGUUCCUCCAGAGACUGGCAGGGUGAAUAUAACCGAUACAAGCGAAGAUGCCAGUUCCAGGAACCAGCUGACCAGAAGAAGAAGCGAUCGCUGGAGCAAGGCCUUUAUUCGCCUGACAUUUCGGAUUCUCACUUGAAUCCAUCAUCAGAGACAGUCGCAGAAAAGGGUUUCUGAUGAUGGAUUCCAGUGAGAAUCCGAAACGUCAGGCGAAUAAAGACCUUGUUCCAGCGAUCGCUUCUUCUUCUGAUCAGGGUGAAUAUUGUCUAGUUUUACUCAUAAAAACGGAAGACAUGAAACGACGGUAGGAUUCUCCCCCAGUUAUACGGGUGGCUUUGUUCCGGCUGAAGCCAGUCGAUAGUGCUGGCGGCGGCGGCGGCGGUUGCGGUGGUGGUGGUGGUGGUGCUGGUGGUGAUGGUGGUGGUGGUGCUGGUGCUGCUGGUGCUGGUGGUGGUGCUGAUGGUGAUGGUGGUGGUGGUGCUGGUGGUGCUGGUGCUGGUGGUGGUGCUGGUGGUGGUGCUGGUGGUGGUGCUGGUGGUGGUGGUGGUGGUGGUGAUGAUGGUUUUAGGUCGCGCACUGAUGACCGUCAAUCACACGCCAUUCUCACCGUGUACAAGCAGCAAAUGCAGACUAUGACAGGCUAG